UUUAACGACUUAAGACAUUAAACAAAAUCACCAAAUACCUUUACCUAACCAUAUUCCCCGCCACUCUCUACGCAGAUAAAGCCCCGCCCCACACAGCAGAAACUUUCAGAUUGUGAAUCUGUAAAUAACAACAGUAUUUUCCAAUUUUUAUUUAUUUGUUCAUAUUUAGCAUUAUUUAAAUUAGUUAUUUUAUAAAUCUUCGACAUGGAUGGUUCAAUUAGCAAUACUAUGUUGAAUAAAAAGAUUGCCAAAUUGUUGGAAUCUGAUUUGGAUCAUGACAAGGAAACCUUGGAAGCUGUCAAAAUAUUGUCAUCAUGUUUCACAGAUAAUACCAUAACAAUCCGGCGUAAUUUGAGCAACACUCUGGAAAAGAGAAGCCUUGUUAUUAUUGAAAAUUUUCAGUCCUGUUUUGGAGAAAUUAAAAGGCUUAUGGAGAGCUUACAUCUAGAUCUCACUUCCAUGAAUCAAAGCUGUCUACAAACAAUGAACAAAAUCAAGAACUUGAAAACGAAAAACCAAAAUUUACUUGAAAAGACUCAUUAUCUCAAAAAUGAAAGGAAAACUGUUGAUAUUCAGCAAGCUAUUGUAGAUAAAUUUUUGGACAGAUUUCAUCUUAAACCUCAUGAAAUUGCAAUAUUAAAAGGUUUACCUUCUAAAGAGGAUCCACACCAACCUCUACCUAUGACCGAAACAUUUUUUGAAUUAUUAGGAAAAUGCCGGCAAAUCCACGAGGAUUCUAAAAUAUUACUAUCGUCUAGUCAACAAACAACGGGAAUUGAAACAAUGGAUGCAAUGUCAGUUUUAGAAGAAGCAGCGUUUGAACGACUCUACAAAUGGACAUUAAAUGCUCUUCGUUCAUUCAACCCUGAUUCAAUGGAGAUGAACAAUUUACUGUUUAAAGCAAUCGGAUUCAUAUCUGAAAGAACUGUUCUACUCAAAAACUGUCUUGAUGAAUAUGGCACAAUACGUAGAGCUGCGGUUGUACGUAAUUUAAUUGAUGCCUUAACCAGAGGAGGUCCUGGAGGUAAUCCACCUCCAUUUGAUCUCAACUCUAACGAUCCUGUUAGGUAUGUUGGAGAUAUAUUGACAUGGGUUCAUCAAGCAAUUGCCUCCGAAAAAGAGUUAUUAGUUCAACUUCUUCAGCAAUGUGACCCAACAACUUUCAAAGAAAUUAACCCCAUUAAAACUUCACUUUCAUUCAUCAUGGAAAGUCUUAAUCGUCCUAUUAAAGCUCGAAUCGAACAAUUAUUGAUGUCUGAGCCGAGUUCAACUAAAUCUCAUGGACCACUAGUUUUGUUUAAGAUUAAGAAUUUGAUAAAAUUUUAUUCAAAAGUUUUCUCAACAGAACUUCUACCCGACUCUCAACUUGUCUAUACAAUGGUUGAAAUUGAUUCCUUAGCACAUCGAGUUUUCAUUAAUAGUUUAAACUUUCAUUGUGCCUACAAAUUGGGUAAAUCAGCUGAUGGUGAUAAUGAACAACCUCCUAUUGACUUGACUCCAACUGAUUCGUUAAUGCAGACAAUUUACCUAAUUGAUCAAAUUUUGUCAUUCCAAAACUCAUUCAUAUUAUCUCCUGUUGAUCGCCAAGAAAUUAUGAUUACAAUGGUAAAUGUGGUGAUUAAACCUUUAAUACAAGCAUGUCGAGUUUGUGCUGCUAAACUACCUGGUCUUGAGAUGUCCAUAUUCCUGUUGAAUUGUUUUCACGAAAUUUACCAAAUAAUUUCUAAAUGUGAAUUUGUUGAUGAAUUUAAAGAAGCUCUAGAAAAUCAAAUUAACGACUACCAAACGAGUUUAAUCAAUGAAAAUGCCUCUAACAUUAUUACCUAUUUUGGAUUAACUGCUGUUUAUUAUGCUAUAAAAAAUGAAGCCAAUCUGCCUUUAUCAUCGAUCACUGGUUGUGACGCUUUAGCUUUACAGUUUUGCUCUAAAAAAGUCGAUUUCUUCUUGGCAAAACCGGACAACUUUCAACUGCCUCAAUUAAGCUAUCUCAAGAGUGUGGAAUUAAGAGACAACAUCAAACGAAAAUCACUCGAGUUCCUUUGUCAAAUGUACCGUGAAAUAUACGAGGCAAUAAACAAAAAAGAGAAUGAAUAUGAUGAACCAGAAUCUUUGUUAACCCAAACUCCAGAUCAUUUUUCAUCAAUUUUACUUUAAUUUAUUAUUAUCGAAUAUCAAUUAAAUUCAAUUCACAUUUAGUGAGUAUUAAA